AUGGAUAAGUCGGAGCUUCUGGUUGAUGAACUUCGGCUAGCAAUUGGUAUGUUGAAAACAAAUAAGAAAGCGAGUCUAGAUGAAAUUAAACCCGAUGUUGUAAAAGCGGUCUCUGGUAUUAUUGAGAAACCUCUUUUUAUAAUUUUAAAUCUUUCCCUAAGAAACGGCAUUUUUCCUGACCAAUUAAAACUAGCAAAUAUAAUUACAAUAUACAAAAGUGGCGAUGAUUCGAUAAAAUCUAACUAUAGACCAAUUUCCAUACUUUACUGUUUUUCUAAAAUGCUAGAGCAGCUUUCAUACUCUUGGAAAGAUAGUUCAGUAGAUAGAUCAGAAGAUAGUUCAGAAGAUAGUUCAGAAGAUAGUUCAGAAGAUAGUUCAGAAGAUAGUUCAGAAGAUAGUUCAGAAGAUAGUUCAGAAGAUAAAUCUUCACAAAGUUUAGACCCAACUCCACAAAUCAUUCGUAAAGUUCAAAACACACUCAGAAAACUAAAUAAAGCAGGUCGAUUUACGAUUAAAGAAUAUAAAGAUCUUUAUCCGAGUGAUGUUAUACCACCUCGUUUGUAUGGAGUCAUAAAAGCCCACAAACCUGAAAAAAACUACUCGAUGCGAGUUAUCGUAAGCACUAUUGGAACGGCUACAUACAAAAUUUCUAAAUUCUUAACUGAUAUGAUACAACCCAUCCUCAACAAGAACAGUACACAUUUAAAAAACUCCAAACAAUUUGUUAACCUAGCUAAUUCAUGGAAUAUUGACAAAGAUGAAAUCCAAUCUUAUGAUAUCAUUAAUUUAUAUCCUUCAGUCCCGGUAAAGGAAGCGAUAAUUAUCCUUAUUGAGAGGUUGAAAAAUGAUUCUAGUUUUACAUCAAAAUUUACCUUUGAAGAAAUAAAAACACUUUUAGAUAUAUGCCUUUUGCAUUGUAAUUUUUUAUUUGAACAUGACAUUUAUGAACUAGAAGAUUCUGGACCUAUUGGUUUAGGACUUAUGGUAGUAAUUGCGGAGUGUUUUUUGCAGUUUCACGAAAGUAAUGCUAUUGCACAAGCAAUUUCCAAUAAUAUUCAAUUAAAGUCAUUUAAAAGAUAUGUCGAUGACUCCCAUUCUCGUUUUAACUCUACUGAAGAUGCGAAAAAAUUUUUAAUACUACUUAAUAACCAACAUAAAAAUAUUCAGUUGAAAAAAGUAGAAAAAGACAUCGAAGAUUUGAAACUUAGUUUAAACUUUCAUGAACAACUAAUUGUUGAAAAAGUUAAGAAAGCAAAGGUUUGCAGUAAAGAAGACAAUUCAGAAAGUAUACAAAAAAAGUUAAGGGAAUUGGAAGAUCGAUCUAGACGUAACAAUUUAAGAGUAGAUGGAAUUGAUGAAAAUGAAGGUGAAAGCUGGGAAGAAAGCGAAAUGAAGUGUUUAGGUCGAAUUAUUGUAAACAUGCUUCCGCGUUUAAUUCUCUUUGGUUAG